AUGAACGCGCCCGUGCCGGACAGCCAGCCAGACAUGCAGCGCGAGAUGGAUGCAGAUGAUUCGACUAAGCGCAUUUUGGAACGUUGGGAGCCCGCUGAUUUUCAGCGAAUUCUCCGGCGGCGUGGCGAAUUCGCAUUUGCCCGCGAGGUGGAGGGCGAGCCCGACAACAUGCUCAGCGUCAUCGCCAAGGUCCGCGCCAAGGCGGCCGAGCUAAUCGCACAGUGGCCGGCGCUGCCUGACGAAAGCGAGAAGGACGCCCUCAACGUCAUCGCUCUCUAUGCGAUGGAAGACCGCCUGUGGAGCCCUCACAACGAUGUCGUGGCAAUGCUCAUCGCGGGAGUUGUAUUCGGCCCGCUCCUCGUUGCCCACGACGACGGCGUCUUCGUGUACAAGCAGGGCGCCUUCCAAUUGAUCGAGGAGUUCAGCGCGACCGACACGCGCCGGCUCGAGCUGGCGCUGCUGAAGGCGGCCGCCAUGUUCAAGGAGAUCAUGGGUGAUGUCGUGAACAAGGACGUGACGGCCGUGUUCGAUGCGAUGUUGCCCCUAGCUAGGAGGACGUCAACCCUGUCGGUGGUUGCCACCCGUUUCGUUGGGAAGAGUUCCUCUGGCUCGCUGGUGGAAAUGGUCGGCAUAUGGAAGCAGGAGGAGCGCCCGGAGCAGCCCAGCAUCGCGGUCGUCUUCGAAGACGCGCGUGUCAAGAUUGACCCAGAGAAGCCAGAGGACAGCGCCGAGCGCAUGAAGAAUGUCGCGAAGUCGAUCGAGCACAAAUCGUACUUCUUCAUCCCGUGCAGCAUCGUGGUUCGGGCCCCCGAUUGGGCGGUGGACAAAGUCCGACUCUUCAUGGGCACGGGAUUCGCGGGGACGACGUCGGGUUGGAAGCUGGAGCUCCCCCUGGAAGCACUUGCUUUCAUGAGCCAAGUGAUGCCGCCAGUCCUCGUCCUCGAGUACGCGGACGGGGGGGAUUCGAAGUCGGCGCGGACGUUGUUGAGAGACAACGUUUGGCGGGGGCACCACAAGGUAAUCUCUCCGCGGUGCUUCCAGGAGCCCGACGAGUUCCGUAAGCAGGGGGGGCAGUUCGCGUCAGCGAAAAUCCUUACCAUUCAGGAGUGCACCCCCGGGGAGCCCAUGGUCGAGGACGUGAUGAAGUCGUUCAUCAGCGGGGAUCGUUUGAUGUGCCGGCCUCUGUUCGGCACGACCACUGCUUAUUACCGCUGGAACCGCGCGGCGCGCUUCUGGGAGUGUAACUGGGGUUUCCCCAGCAUAUCUGGUAGCCCAGAUGACAUCAGGAAGCUAUACGCCUCCGAGCGCCGCAUCAGGGUUGUGAAGCUCCAGGCGACGUUUACCAGUGACCCAGCGAAGGUCGACGUUGAAAACCGCAUCUUCAAGGAGGACACCGAGCUGGGCGAGUUCCUGGAAAGCCCGUUCGCUCGGCAGGCUUAUUUGGAGACAUAUUUGAUUCCGUGGAUUUUAGAGCGCGCUGCGUCGGAGUGCAGGGCAAUGGUGAUGACUCCGCCGCUCGAGAUCCUCAACGAGACCAGGCGCAUCGUUGCCACCAUGGCCAACGGCGGCCUGCAGGUGCCAGAGUCGUUCCGAACGCCGGAGGAGGACACUGCCGCGACGGAGAGCGCCGAGAAGAUAUGCCGCGACGUUCACGCUGACCAGGCGGCCAACGGCCUCAUCAAGACCUACGAGGUGAAGAAGAUCAAGUGCAUCCCUGGGAAGUACAGGGAGGGGAGGAAUGGCGAGAAGGACCGCCUUCAGGUCUUCUCCGAUGCAGUGUCUACGUGGCCGCACCUCUUCACUCUCCGCGAAGUUCGCGGCGGCGGCUUCGAACGACUGGACAUCGACCUCAAAAAGAUGGAGGAGGCGAUCGAGCAGGCGGGCGGCGCCGCAGUCUUCGGCGGAGGGUUCGCCUCCUGGCGCAGCACGUGGGAAUGCAAGGAGUUUCUUCGGGAUCGCCCCGAGGGCGGCGACGCCGAAGACACGUCAGAGAUCGCCGUCCGCAACCAGUGCGGGUCUCUCAUGGAGAUGUUCAACUACCAGAGGUUGUCUGAGAAGGUGGAUUCGGGCGAGAUUGCCGACGCAGGCUGCGCGAAGAUGCUGAUGCAGCGGAGCGUCCGCUGCGGCGGCGACAUGGCGCAGAUCGAGGUGCCGUACUACCGCAAGUUCGACAUCCCUGGCCGUCGCCUGGCUCAGCGCCCUUCCCUGCAGUGGAUGGCUCGCGACGACAGGACAGUCGCGCUGUCGCUGGAGCCAUCGAACUCCUUCCAGGGCGGGAAGGUUUUCGCCGAGGCUGACAUCAACAAUUGCUUCGUUGCCCUCCUAGUCAAGGAGAUCGAGCAGAUGUGCCAGAUGAAGGAAGACUUGCCUGCCCUCAUGGCGUUUGCCGCCAACUACAAGGCAUGGCGCUCGGCUCUCGCCGCCUACAUGUCAGUGUCCGCGAGGGUGGCGACGAAGUCCCUGGUCAAGAUCGCGCACCUGGGCAAGCCAGAUUGCGACCUCCCGUUCCUGUGGAAUCUUUCGGUGGACAUGCACAAGGCGGUGGACUUGCUUCUGGCCCAGGACAAGUUCAAAUACCUGGAAGGCCGCUUUGAGAAUCGCCGCUGUCCUCCCGCAUCGAAACUCCACUACGCCCUAAGCUCGAUCGAGGACAUGGUCUUGGCAGACCUGGAGGCCGAGGCGGCUUCCAUCCACGGGGUGUCUGUGAACACGUACAUGUUUGACGGCGCCGUGUUCUUGACGCCCGAGGACGCCGUGGCCGAUCUCCGCGCGGCAGCGAAUGCCGUCGCAGUCAAGUGGGGGCUGCGCGUGACCGUGGAGGUGAUCGGCGAUGGCCACGCUUAG